GUGGGCCAGUCCCAUAGGGGGCGCUCUGCAGCAAUGACACCACGCUGCGUUCUGCCAGGUUCCCUCUUGGAAGGCGAGCGCGCGCACUUUUGGAGAAGAAGUAUAUUGUGGUACUGUGGCUGUUACGGGCACAGCUACUUGUUCUUUUCAUAUAUAUAUAAUUUUUUUUAAAACGCGGGUUUGUAGUUUACUAGAAGACAGUCGAAGUGUUCGGUCGUCUGAGCUAUGGAAGCAGAGUCCUGGCUGAGUUGUGAGAAAACUGCUGUGCUGCAGGGUGGAUUUCUGCUUGCAGAGCGACUGUGUCACCCGACACCACUGUCCAACCUAGGGAAAGCAGACUGGGCCAGUGUGUGUGGCCCCGUGCUGCAGGCAGUACAGGAGAUUUGUGGUGGGGGCCGAGGUGGGGACACUGACGGUGAUUACUGGAGAAAGAAGAUCAUUUGCAUUUUAUGGAGCAAGCUUCUGGCAGCAGAAAAGGAUGAAGAUGACGACUGCAGAUGGCGUGAGAAUCCACUCUUUUCCGCACAAAAUGCUUUCCCUCCAAUCAGCCACACAGUGCUGCUGGAAUUUGUGAAGUCGUCAGGAUGUUCUGCUGCAUAUGCUGAGUUGCUGUGUUGCUUCCCUGGAAAGGCACUGUGCUCAGAACUGUCUCUACUGCUUAGCCAUGUAACUGAGGAGAGCAGCGCUGAGGAUUUGAAGCUCCUACUGGAGGUAUGGUGGGAGCUGUGGAAGGGCAGGAGGCCUCAGCUGCAGCCUCUGAAGCAAGCUCUUGAGGAGGCAUUUUCUGCUCAGUGUCUCCGCUACACCUGCUCAGACUUCUUGCCUCAGGCCCCGAAAAGGUUCAAGAAAGACUCCAACGAACCCCAGGUUUCCUGCAUGCCGAGCAUGCUCUUCCAGACAUUGAGACAGUUAAAAGAGCAUGUAGAUUCUCCAGAAUUAAGCUGCUUUGCCCUUUCUAACUGCCUGGACACGCUGUACACCUCGUUCCUUCUGGACAGCAUGUUUGCCCCCCCCGCAUGCCUGGAUCUUCACACUCUUACCUUGGACGUGUGUUUAAGAGAGGGUCAUAAUGGCACAGAUGAUACAACCUUUGUAGAGAUUGUCCGAGAGACCCAAAGAGACCUGAGAGCAAGCAGCACUCCUUCACCGUUCAAACCUGAGGAAAUUUCUUGGGUUGAAGCUCUGCAGAUCACCUGUGACCUUGCAUGCAACUGGCAGAGUCGAGGGCUGUUGAGCGCCCCUGAUGAUGGUGCACCUGGUCCUACAGUCCUUCGCUUGAAACGGAGCUUGCGAACAGUGGUCCAGGCCAUAAAGGACCUUUUGGCCACUAACACUCUGGUUGGAGGUCAAAUGGAGGAUGUACGUCACCUGCAAGAACAACUGGAGGCGCUAGAAGUGCUUUCUGUUCCUGAUCCAAACUUCAGUUCUACACAAAUGGCUCGUGUGGCUAUGGUGAUCAUUGAUAAUCGUCUAGAGGGCCUCAAAGAUGUGGCACUUCUUUUUGCCUCUCAGGUUGGCUGGGCCUCUAGUGGGAAUGAGUGGAUUGAUUGCCUUGAGAGGAACCAAGAUAUCUUUCAGACAAAGGAACUGGUCCUGAAACUGCUGUCUACUCUUGCUGUACAAUGCCAGUCAGAGACAAAUCUCUUUCAGUGUAAAAAGCUGAGGUCAGUCAUUGUUGCCAUUUUCUUAGCGCUCCCAUUGCCUUGUAAGAAUGAGACACUGGCAGGAAUGCUUGCCUCCUGUGGUAAAGGUGGGCUCUGUGGCCUCUUGCCCUGCAGUCUGUCUGAGAGUUUUGAAAAGGAGCUCAACAUGACCUUCAACAGUAUUAUUCAGAGCAGGGGCCAGAACAGCCUCAGAUUGGCUGUCUCUGCUGUUGCUUGUGCAGCUUUUCAAGACCCUGAAGCCACCUUGUGCCAGUGUUGCCACCUAUCUGUGGUGAACCUGGGAGCUCAUACUCUGCUGGCCCAGAUCUUGCAUCAGCUUCCAGGACUCAAGUACCUCUCAACACAGAGCUCAGAAAAGCUGGGCCAGAAAGAGGAGAGCCUUUUGUGUCUCUGUUUACGAGAUGCUGCUUGGAGUAAGCUCUCCUCCCCAAAGGAGGAGCAGCAGUUUCUACAGUUCCUUGUCGCCCUAAUGGAGCCAAGCACUGUGACAGAGGAAAUGGUCAAAGGUGUGGGUCUCCUGUCCCCUGAUGAGGUGGUGCGAGCCUUUGUCCUGCCUUUCUUUUCUCCAUCAUCAGUGCCAUCCUGCAGCCUGGAGUUAACUCUUCAGGUGCUUCUAGCUGCACUGAGAUUAGAGCCAGGUGAGUCACAGGCUGCUUCGCCACAUUGGAUCAUGGACUGCUCCCCUUUCCCCAUUCUCUUUACACUCUGUCAGCUUCUAGACAACAGCUACCAAUGCUGGGAGGAACAGGCUGAUGGUUUUCACGUAUCCAUGGAGUCCAAAGAGUUGCUGAUCCAGGCACUAACUCUGCUGGGAGAGCUGGUAGGCAGGGAGGUGGCUGCUGACCCCAGCACCUGGUAUAGAGCAAUCUCCUGGCUCUAUGGCAAAGUGGAAGCACUGGACUGGACAGUACGCUUCCGCUUGAAGGCUGUUUGGGGUACACACUUCAAAAAUGAGGUACCGAGUUCUCUGCUGGCUGUAUGUAAGCUGCCACAGGGGGAGUGGUCUGAGCUGAAUUUGGAUCAGUACGGGCCUGGCACGGGACUUACGGCCUGGGCCGAGUGCUGCUGCCUCUCGGACAAGGUUAGGGAAAUCCUUCUGAGCAGCUUGGAGCUGGACCAGAGUUCCCCAGGGGAAAUGUGCAUGUUCAGCAAGGGCCUGCUGGUGGCUCUGACACAGGUUCUGCCUUGGUGCACAGCUGAGGAAUGGACCAGGCUGCUUGGGGCUGUGCAGGAGCUGCUGACGUCUGACCGCCUCCACACUCCCUACUCACUGGAGUAUGUGGACUCCCUGCCCCUGCUGGACCUGCGUGUAUUUGCUGUUGAGCUUCGGCUGUCUGUGCUCUUGCUGCGCGUCUUCCAGCUAAUGUGUAGCUCCAGUUGCUCAGCUUGGCUCCCCACCCGUGGAUUGGGGCACAUAAGCAGGCUGUACGCCAGUGCUGUCAGGGGCAUCAUCACGUCGGUGCUGGGCAAGCUGCGUACCCCAGAGAGUGCUGGUGUGUCCGAAGUCCUCUUUGCAUUGACUCAGCUAUUCUGUCACGUGCUUCAUGUCCAGGUGAUGCUUCCAACCUUAGCAGAGCCCCUCUAUCUCUGUGCUCUGGAGCUGAUGACCCAAGUGGAGGCUGUGUUAACAGCUCAUCCUGGCAGCAGCUCUGCACUUGAACGGGAUGACAUACGCCACCUCCUGAGCUCCAUCAUAGAAAACGUGGACAGUGUUGAGGUUAAAGCAGCCAUGCGUCAGAAGAUUGCUGCACUAUGAAGCAUUAAAAUCUGAUCAUGGAAUACACUUUUCCCAAGAUGUUUUUUCCUGGACUUUUUGCUAAAUAAAAGGCAGAUGGGAUGAUCCUCAGCCCCAGUUGCCCUCCCAGGUCUCAGGCUUCUCCAGCAGG